CACACUUCUCUCUGUCUGUUUCGGUUUGCUGCAAUGGCGAGACUAGCAUGUCAUAAUCUAAUUCCUGCUAUAGCUCUUCCAGUGAAGUCAUCUCUGUUGAGAAAUUCCACUCUCCAUUGGGCAAGACUCUCUGAAACCUCCCUUUUGAUUGGCUCAACCACUCGGAGGAGAUUCUCAUCCGCAAAGAUAAGCAUGAGCUUGAAAGCCGGCAUCGUUGGCCUCCCCAAUGUCGGCAAAUCCACUCUCUUCAACGCCGUUGUUGAGAAUGGAAAGGCUCAGGCUGCUAAUUUUCCGUUUUGUACGAUAGAACCAAAUGUAGGGGUUGUUGCUGUUCCAGAUCCACGUCUUCAUGUACUCUCUGCUCUGAGCAAAUCUCAACGUGCAGUCUCAGCAUCUAUAGAAUUUGUAGAUAUUGCUGGGCUUGUGAAGGGAGCUAGUCAAGGGGAGGGUUUGGGUAACAAAUUCUUAUCACACAUCCGUGAAGUGGACUCUAUACUUCAGGUCGUACGCUGUUUUGAGGAUAAUGACAUUGUUCAUGUCAAUGGGAAAGUUGAUCCGAAGUCUGAUAUUGAUGUCAUAAACUUAGAGCUAGUCUUCUCCGAUUUGGAUCAGAUUGAGAAAAGAAUGGAAAAACUCAAAAAAGGCAAAGCUAAAGAUUCGCAAUCUAGAAUAAAGGAGGAAGCUGAAAAAUCUGCACUGGAAAGAAUUCAGCAGGCACUAAUGGACGGGAAACCAGCGCGAUCAGUUCCGCUAACAGAUUUAGAAAGGGAUUCUGUGAAGCAUCUUUGUUUACUUACAAUGAAACCUAUCAUAUACGUGGCAAAUGUGGCAGAAUCUGAUCUAGCGGAGCCUGAAAAUAAUCCUCAUGUCAAAGAAGUGACAAAUCUUGCUUCUGAGCUACAAUCUGGAAUAGUAACAAUCUCAGCACAGGUUGAGUCAGAGCUUACUGAACUUCCAUCAGAAGAAAGAACAGAAUAUUUGAAGUCUCUUGGUGUCGAUGACAGUGGGCUUGGAAACCUUAUCAGGGAAACUUAUGGGCUUCUAGGGCUGCGUACAUACUUCACUUCUGGAGAGAAGGAAACAAAAGCAUGGACCAUACAUUCAGGAAUGACUGCUCCUCAAGCUGCUGGAGUUAUUCAUUCCGACUUUGAGAAGGGUUUCAUUCGAGCAGAGACGGUUGCUUAUGAUGAUUUUGUUUCUGCCGGUUCUUUUGCGGCUGCAAGGGAGAAAGGACUCUUGAGAUCUGAGGGUAAAGAUUAUGUCGUAGAAGAAGGAGAUGUGAUGUUGUUUCGUUUCAAUGUAUGAUCCAAAUAUUAUUGGUGCUGAACUGCCUUCCUAUUUCACCCAACUAAGCUCGACCCUGUUUCAGUUCUGCAAGUUGCAAAAUCCUAUCUCAAUCAGUUCAAGUUGACGGUGGCAUAACCUCCAAAAUGAGGAUUGAGGAGGCCAUGCGGAAGGCUUUAGCUCUGUGACAAAAUGUGCCCGUGCACAGCGUUUGUCACUUAACCAAUGGAGAGACCGUGGUAAAGCUUCCAUUCCGUGGGUCACCCAUCACUUAUUUUUUCUUUUUGUUAUAAGUGUUUAGAUUUGUAUCGAUUAUUCUCUCAAAUUUGAAUACUGAUCAUCAUCGUUACCUGAGUUGGUUCAGGAUAU